AUGAGUAUACGCAUGCUUCUCGCAGGCCUGGCCUUUGGCCAAACACUAGGCUUCAAGACCCAAGUCCCCUUAUUCGAAUCAUGCGCCGCAAGCCCGCUUCUCCCAGACUCUCAACUCGCCUGCAGCAAACCCACAAUCUUGACCUCUGGAGGGUCGCCAGCCCUGGACAAUCUCGCCAGAAAUCGGACAGCGAAGCCGCCCAAGAAGGACAUUUGGCGUUCGGACGAAGGCUGGCAAGGCCCUCACUCCUGCGCGGGAGCGUACUGCGCCUACUCGCGGCCAUCCUUCGCCAAUGGCCGCGGCAUCGUCCUCGUGAGCACGGCGUACAACGCCGAAGAGGCGUCUCAUCUGGCGGCUUUUGCAAAGGAGUCGAUCAAGGGUGAAGGCGACAGCGAGCUGUUCCGCGUGGUGGAGAUGCCCGGCAAGGGGCUGGGUGUUAUUGCGAACCAGCACAUCCGGCGUGGGCAGCGGAUCAUGGCUCAUCCGCCGGCUGUUGUUGUGCACCGCAGGUUCGUUGAUGAUAUUGAUCUGGAGAAUCAGUACCGUCUGCUUGAUGUUGCCGCCGGAAAGCUUCCGCGGGAUACUCGAAAGGCUUUCAUGGCACAGAUGGGUCAGUCUCGCGAGCAUCAAUCUACGGGACACAAGGUGCACGAUAUCAUGCAUACCAACUCAUUUGAGCUGGGCCUCGGCAUUAGAGAUGGCCAUCACUUUGGGAACUACCCAGAAGUCUCGCGUUACAAUCAUGAUUGUAGGCCAAACGUUGCCUUCUACAUCGACGACUCAGAUAUGCGGCACUACACACACGCCAUAAAAGACAUUCAGCCCGGCGAGGAACUCACAAUUUCCUACGUCGACUCCCUCAGCUCCCGCGCCGUCCGACAAGAUCGAGCUCAGCGCAACUGGGGCUUCGGCUGUACUUGUCAGCAAUGCAGUCUCUCCGAGGCCUUCAUCCGCUCUUCUGAUCAACGUCUCGGUAAAAUGUGGCAAAUCGAGCAGCAAAUGAGUCACUGGAACGGUGCAAAGGUCGACGAGGAGAUGAUCGAGGAGCUCAUUUCGCUCUACCGGCAAGAACAGCUUGACCUGUCUCACGGGUCGGAUGCUUUCAGACUUGCUGCGUUGAAUUAUAACUCCUUGGGAAUGGAAAAGGAGGCUCUCGAGUAUGCUAAGCUUGCUAAAGAGCAAUUUUUGCUGGAGAAGGGUCCACGAGCGAAGCAGGUGCAGGAUAUGAGGGACUUACUGAGAGAUCCGAAGGAGCACUACACGGAGAAGGUGUUCUUGCCCGGCGGGACAAACAUCAAUGCCGCGGCGUGGCCGAUGCACCUAAGCAAGGAGAUUUUUGGCGAGGACGCGGACGAGUUCCGGCCUGAGCGGUGGUUGUUGGAGGAGGACGAGAGGCGGUUGGUGAAUAUGCAUCGGGUGCAUGAGCUUAUCUUUGGAUAUGGAAAGUAUCAGUGCCUCGGCCGGCCCAUUGCGAUGAUGGAGAUUGGCAAGACCAUUUUUGAGCUAAUGCGCAACUUUGACUGGUGUCUUGCGAGACCUGACACACCAUGGAAGGAAGCGAACCACGCCGGCGUCUUCACCCACAACGAUAUGUGGGUGCUCGCUUCCGACCGUCCACAGUUUCAAUGA